AUGGGUUGCUGUCUGAGCAGAGCUUACGACGAGAAGAAGAAUGGCCGAAUCGGGAAGUCGCCGCCGUCGGGGAGUCCGAGGUUCGAGGAGGAAACGGUAAAGGAGGUGCUGUCGGAAACGCCGGCGAUUGCGCGGCCGGAGAAGAUAGAAAGCCCGUUUAUAAAGAUCGCGCCGCUGCUCGAUUUCUCCGGCACCGUCGUCGCUCACGACCAGCGCCGCCGGAACGGCGCCGUCUGCAAGAAGCCGUUCGCCGCGUACGGCGGCAACGAGGAGGAGGUGUCGGAGGAUGUGUCCGAGAUUUGCAGCAGCCUCAGUGAGAGCGUGAGCGCUUCGACGGAGAAAAGGGGCAACAGAGGCGACGAACUCCGACGAAGGCCGCCGCCGGCGAAAAGCCGGUCACUUUCCGGUGAGAUUAAGCGAGAGAAAACCGUGGGCAGAUCUCCCGGCCGGAGAUCCGAAUCAUCCCCAAAUCGGGCCAUACCCGGUCGCGGAUCCGGGUACGCAAGGAAAAGAGACAGUGGAGAGAGCUCCGGGCGACGGUCGCGGUCUCCGGUCACGCGCUCCGAACCGACACCGGCGAGAUCCGCCAGGAAAGCGGGCAGGUCACCAGGUCGGGUCGGGUCCGGGUUGGGAGAGAGGGCCCGAAAUCCGGAGAUAGCCGGAGAUGACAACCCUUGGGCGCCAAGCUGCAAUAAUAAUGAGUUGCUGGAAAACCCACUUGUGUCCUUGGAAUGCUUCAUCUUCCUCUAG